AAGUGUGUGUAGGACUUCACAAAGUUUCCUUGUUGAACCCACCCCUUUCUGAACAGACAUAAAAGGAACAGAAACAUUGUGAUUUCAUUCUCUUCCUGACACAUGAUGGAUCUGCGAGUCUCUGUCGUUCUUCUUUUCUUUUUUUUCACUGGAGGAUAUUCUCUCAAGUGUUACUCUUGUUCAUCUGCUUUGACGGCUUCCUGUGAAGCAAAAGAGGAAACAUGUCCAGUUGGAUCUUCUAAAUGUCUAACCAGUACAGUGGAACAAUCAGUUGGUUCCACUAAGGUUUCCGCCAUAACUAAAGGGUGUUCAGAGAUAUGUGAUCCAGGGACCCAUCAGCUGCCAACUGGAGGGACAGUGACUGUCCGCUGCUGUGACACUGAUCUCUGCAAUGCAGCAGAUGGAGUGUUUAAGGGAAGCUUCCUCCUGCUCUUCUCUCCUCUGCUCUUCUACUUCCUGUUUCAGUGAGUCCAGAUUCAAGACUUCAGAUUCUACAGUGAAGAUCAGUGAAUAUGAGACACAUUCUGAUGCAUUACUAUAGUUCACUGAAUAAAAGUUUUGUUGCUCUGCUGUUCUUUGUAUCAUGAUUUGAGGAACUCAGAAAUAUACAUUUUAAUAAACAAAUACGAAACAAA